AUGCUGGCCAAGUCACUAUCCCUCAAGUCAGACAAUGUAACCUAUGACCUAGAGGACUCGGUGACGCCCAGCGCAAAGCCCGAGGCCCGGCGGGCCCUGCGCGAGCACCUGGGACAGCUCGCGACAACCUCGCGGCCCGCCGGCAUCUCCGAGGUCGCGGUGCGCAUCAAUGCCGUCUCCACCCCUCACGCGCUGGACGACCUCACGGCGCUGGCGGCCAGCCCGGGCCUCGACGCCGUUGUCAUCCCAAAGGUGAACUCGGCUUCGGACUUGACUUUUGCCGCCGACGCGCUGCGACACUUGGCACCAGAUCGUCAUCAGGGCAGCAGCAGCAACAGUAACGACACUGGAAGCCCUCAAAAUUCACCCGUCCGCCUGAUUGCCUUGAUCGAGUCGGCCAGGGCCGUCAUGAACCUCCGCGAGAUUUGCGCCGCCACGCCGCUCCUGUCGGGCUUGAUUUUUGCCGCCGAGGACUUUGCCCUCGACUUGAGCAUUACGCGGACGCCGUCCUUGUCCGAGUUCCUGUAUGCGCGGUCUGCCAUUGCCACUGCCGCCCGCGCGGCCGACCUGCCGAGCACCAUUGACCUCGUCUGCACCUCGUACAAGGGCGACGAGGGUCUGCGGAGGCUGGAGGAGGAAUGUCGUGGUGGCAAGGCCAUGGGGUUCAAUGGCAAACAAUGCAUUCACCCCUCGCAGGUCGAGACAGUUCAGCGAAUGUUUGCGCCAGCCGAAAAGGAGGUCGAGUGGGCCGUCCGAGUUACAAUUGCCGACGAGAAGGCGGCGGCUGCUGGUCGUGGUGCUUGGACUUUGGACGGCGCCAUGAUUGACGCGCCUGUUGUUGGCAAAGCAAGAGCAGUCGUGACGAAAGCAGAGGCAUGCGGGAUUGAUGUCAAUGGGUUGAGAGAAAAGUGGAAAGACCAAGAGCCCGAAUAA